ACAUAUACAUAACGCAUCGGAUACUGUUAUAGAAACAACGUGUGUCUUUCAUCAGACCGUUUGGUUUAAAACAUCCUUGUCGUUCAUACAGAAAAUCUGAUAAUUUAUCAUUUCAAAUCUUGUUGCUUCGUAUAGUAUGUAAUGUGUGACAAUUAGAUAGUCGCUAUGAAUUAAAAUCUGUGCUCGGUGACUCUCGCUGUCAGUUACACGUGUGUUUAUGUUUGUGACACGAUGGAUUAAAAAGUGAAGUUUCCAGUUAUGGCAAGUGGCACGGGCGGCACCUCGACCGGGGCCGUUGUUUCAUCGGGGAAUGCCGUCCAAUUGAAGCCAGUCGAAGUGUCAAAGGCUCUUCAGGAAGGCGAAAAAUUCAUAAAAUGGGACGAGGAUUCAGGAGUCGGGACUCCGGUGACGCUGCGGGUCGACCCGCGCGGCUUUUACUUGCACUGGGUCGACCAGAAUCACGAGACCGACUUGCUCGACAUCGCCACCAUCCGCGACACUAGGACGGGACAAUACGCGCGCGUGCCAAAGGAUCCAAAACUAAAGCAAAUCGUAACUAUGGGCUCUCAGGAUACUCUUGAAGAAAAAACUGUUACUAUUUGCUAUGGAGCUGAUUUUGUCAAUUUGAACUUCGUAAAUUUUUGUUGUACACGAAAAGAUAUUGCGCAGGUGUGGACGGAUGAGUUAUUGCGACUUGCUUAUAACUUAACACAACUUAAUGGCUCGGCAACAAUGUUUCUGCAGAAAGCGCAUACGAAACUUUGUCUGCAGGUCGAUAAAUCUGGAAAAAUCCCUAUUAAAAAUAUCAUACGAUUAUUUGCUUCCAACAAGGAUGAUCGUAGGCGAGUGGAAAAAGCUUUGGAUGCAUCAGGUUUGCCAUCUGGAAAAGGUGAUAGUCUGUCUCCUUCGAGAUUUGCCUUUGAAGACUUUUAUAAUCUAUAUAGAAAUUUAACGCAAAGGGCGGAAGCUGAACAAAUAUUUGAAGAACUUGUCGGCAAUUCUAAAAGAAGAGUGAUGUCAACAUCGCAAUUAGUUGAUUUCUUAAAUCGUACACAGCGGGAUCCACGGCUCAACGAAAUUCUUCACCCGUACGCGAACACGGCGAGAGCAAAAGACCUCAUCGCGGAGCACGAGCCAAACAAAUUCAAUGCGCAGAAAGGACAGCUCAGUUUCGAUGGUUUUUUAAGGUAUUUGAUGUCCGACGACAACCCCGUGAUGGCACCGAGCAAGAUUGAUCUCUGUGAUGAUAUGGAACAGCCUUUGGCACACUAUUUCAUCAAUUCAUCGCACAACACGUACCUGACAGGACAUCAGCUGACGGGCAAGUCGAGUGUGGAGAUUUACAGGCAGAGUCUGCUAGCAGGAUGCCGAUGUGUCGAACUCGAUUUCUGGAAUGGACGGAUUGAUGAGCCCAUCAUAGUUCACGGAUAUACCUUCGUGCCCGACAUAAGUGCUAAGGAAGUCCUGGAAGCAAUUGCGGAAGCCGCUUUCAAAACCAGCGAUUAUCCUGUGUUGUUAUCGUUUGAGAACCACUGCAACCCUAGACAGCAGGCGAAGAUAGCUUCGUAUUGCAGGUAAUGGCGUUUUUUAUUAUUAUUUUUAUAGGGCACUAUGU